AUGGUUGAUGUGUCUCUCAUAAUGCGAGGGAGAAUAAUCAUGCGGGCCUCGAGGCUCGAGAGCACAAAGCUACUGCUUGCGCAGGUAACGCGGCAAGACGUGAUUGUACUUGGUGAAGUUGGUGUGCAGCUCUUUAGCCAGGCAUUAGUUCUAUUGCGUUGUGUGGAGGGGACCAUCACCAGACUGGUUCAUCAUGUUGUGUCCAAGUCAGAAUCGGCAAUGACAACUGCAUCGGCAUCAGCACCCGCACCAGCACCCGCACCAGCACCAGCACCAGCACCCAGCACCCAGCACCCAGCACCCAGCACCCAACACCGCGGGACCGUGGGGAUCGUCGGGAAGUGUACGCUCUCUCAGAACUCUGACCUCCUCCUCCUCCCUUGA